AUGAUCUAAAUGCAAGAUAUAUAGGAAUCUAUGAUUCUAAAUUAAAUUUCAAGUGAUGAUGAAGAUGAGUCAGAAAGUCCAAUAGAAAUAUAAUAGACAUAAAAAACAUAACAUUAAGAACAAUCUAUUAUUUAGACAGUCAACGAAAUAUCAUUCAAUCGUAAUAUGGAUAAAAGAAUAAAUGAAACAAUAGUUCUAUAAAAUCAUGCAGAUGAAAUUACUUAAAAAUCAAUGAAAAAUGCAAAAGAAGCUUAUUAAAGAGAAAUAAUAAAAGAAUUAGUUUCAAAAUAGAAGAAGAGAUUUAAAGUAGAUGGAUUCAAUUUAGACUUAACUUGUAAGAUUAAUAUUAAUUUUAGAUAUAACUGAUAAUAUAAUAGCAAUGGGAUUUCCAGCUGAAAGUUUUGAAGCAAUUUAUAGAAAUCCAAUGCCAGAAGUGUAAAAAUUUUUAAAUAGUCGUCAUCCAAACAAUUAUAUGGUUAUUAAUUUGUAAGCUUACUACUCCUACCUAGAUGUUCAGAGCGUAAGUACAAACAUGAGUCUUUCUAUAAAGUGGCCGAGUUUCCUUUUGAUGAUCAUUAAGCACCUCCAUUUAAUAUGAUGAUUGAAUUUUGUUAAAAAGUUCAUGAAUGGUUAACUGCAAAUUCUAAUCAUGUAGUGGCAAUUCAUUGUAAAGCAGGUAAAGGAAGAACAGGUGUUAUGGUUUGUUGCUAUUUGUUAUAUAGUGGAAAAUACAAUUCAAGUUAAGAUGCAUUAGCUUAUUAUGGUUUAGUUAGAACAUAAAAUAAAAAGGGUGUAACAAUACCUAGUUAAAUUCGAUAUGUACAUUAUUUCAGUUAUGGUUUGAAAAAUGAAUUGAUUAAAAUGCCAUUUAAAAAAAUAGAAUUAGUAUCAGUUAGAUUGGUUGGUGUAUCUCAUGGUACAAUGAUAAGAAUAUAAAAUAAUGAUAGGUAAUUAAUAGAAAAAGCUUAAAUUGUAUCAGAAAAAGAAAUACUUUAUGCAUUUAAUGAUAUAUUUUUAUAAGGAGAUGUUCUCAUUUAAAUAUUCCAUAAGUCAAUUGUUUCAGAAUCCAAAAUCUUAUAAGCUUGGUUUAAUACUAAUUUUGUAUCUCUUUUGCCUAAAGAAUAAAUAUUUAAGGCUAAUGAGUUAGAUAUGUCAAAAAAAUCAAUGAAACAUUCUUCUUAAAUUUAAAUGGAAUUACAAUUUGAUCAAAUAAUUCAAAUUAGAGAAAGAUCAAAUUGUUUAUCAAAAGGCAAAUGA